CGGCCUCAGGACCUUCUCCAUUAUACUCGUGAAAUUUGUUCUCCUAGUGCAGUGGCCGGCUUUGCUCAUAUUCUUGUCACUCUUGUCUAUCUUUAAUCGUCACCCCCGUUUGGUUGCCUAGGUGCUGAGCGCCUUUCUUUUCUUUCCCUUCUUUCAUUUUCCGUUUGUUUUGCUACAACGACAUAUGAUAUCUGCACGAUGAAUGCCGCAGCCGCACUCCGCAAUGAAAUUGUACGCCACUCGCAGCUAUCUUUUCAGAGAUUGAACAUUGGCGGGAUUCCAACGUCCAAGUGGCCAAACCUUAAACCUUUCAAGGCUGUCGACUACGCGGAAUACCUGUCAAAAAUGCAAGCUACAAAAGAAGAACUAGGACCAUCUUACGACAAUACAUACGACGUCGAGAAGAACUAUAAACCACCGAUGAGCGGUGGAGAGAAGCUUUCGAGGAUGUUCACAACAUUCCCUUUACGAGACCCGGCGUACCUAGUCGUCAUUUUCUUCAUUAUUGGUAGUAUAGACUUCACAAUCAACGGUGCGAUCGGAUUGAUACCCAUCAUUAAUCCUGAAGGGGCAUCCCCUGAACUCAUGGCCGUUUGGUUUCCCACGACAAUCUUCAUCGGAGCAGGAUUCUUCCUCUUCGCGGGUAUCUUGGAUCUACUGGGCGCAUUCAAUGCCGAAAACGGCCUCAUGGAAAUCACCAAGAACAGCAAUGGCGGAAAAGAUCUCACCCAUCGCCCUGCCCUCCUAGGAAGCAAAGAGUGGUCGUGGGGGACCAAUGGGCGAUUCAUGAAACUCCUCAAAUCCGAUGUUGCCUUCCAAUCUGGAUUUUCACAAUUCCUCGCGGGCUUGAUAUUCACUAUAUCGGCGUUCACCACUAUUCCCGGCUUAUUCGAUCCCAUGUCUCCUUCAUUCCCCCUCAUAGCUUUCUUCCCGCAGGUAGUCGGAGGAUUCAUGUUCUUUGCUGCGAAUGCAGUGCUGGCAUAUGUUGAACAGGAUCAUUUUUGGGGUUUUAAGCCUUUCAGUGCAAACUGGCAGUCUGGCUUCUUGGGUGCCGGCGGAGGACUCGGUUUCAUGAUGGGUGGACUGCUUCUACUCCUCAGCGAUUUUCCAGGCGCAGCAUGGGCCUCAAUGAUUGGUAGUGUUUCUUUCUUAUUAGGAAGUAUCGCCGGAUGGUAUAGUGUUAUGGAGAUGGUGUAA